AUGGAGAAAUUUGACCAAAGGAAUACAUAUCAGUACAAACUCAGAAAGUCCAAGUUUGAUGAGCUUAAGAAGCUUGGUUCUCUGUUGGUGUGUGAGAAGAAAUAUGUCUUCAAGAGGGACUAUGGUAAUAUGUUGGGUGUCCUGAUGACCAAGGUAGAUCCCAAGUUGAUCCUUACCUUUGCCCAGUUCUAUGACCCCACGCUGCAUUAUUUCAUAUUCCAGUAUUGUCUUCUAGCUCCUACUCUAGAAGAGUUUUCUCAUAUUGUCCAUAUUCCAGUUAGAGAUCAAGCUCCUUACAUGGGUUAUGUGGGGUUUCCAAAGGUUGAUUUGAUGGCUCAAGCUCUUCAUCUCGAGAAGAAUCUGGUUAAAUCUAAUCUUCGUACAAAGGGAAACAUCAGAGGUUUUACUUUGAAAUUUCUUUUUGAGAAGGCCACUUUAUUUGCUAGGAGUGAAAGUUGGGAUGCCUUAUAUGCUAUGUUCGCUAUCCUUAUUUAUGGGUUGGUACUCUUUCCAAACAUUAAGGGGUUCUUAGAUAAAACAUCCGUUACUAUUUUCAUCUCCAUAAAUCUGGUGCCUAGUCUCUUAGUUGAUGUGUUAUUUUCUUUCCAGAAAAGAGGUGGGAUGGGCAAUUGUUGCAUUCCUCUACUUUACAAUUGGAUUUUGACUCACUUGCCGAGAAGAGGACCUUUUGUAGACAAUGUUGGAGCUUUGAAGUGGUCUCAAAGGUUGAUGUCUUUGGAUGUUGAGGAUGUUGUUUGGUAUUGUCGUGACUAUGAUGUAGUGGAGCUUAUUUACAGAUGUGGAGAUUUCCAGAAUGUUCCUCUUGUUAAUGCUAGAGGUGGAAUCGUUAAUUAUCACCAUAUUCUUUUACUUCAUCAGUUGGGUUAUCAGUUGAAGGAAAAGUUCAAGGAUAAGUUGUUAGAGGAGUUUCUUUUAGCCGAAGGGGUUGAGGAUGCAUAUAUGAUGAAGAGGAUACGUCGAGCUUGGGGAAAAGUUCAUUGUAUAGGGAAUUGCAUCUUAGUAGAGUCACAUACAUAA